GUCGGGGCGGCGCAGGGGCUGCCGGUCCUAGUCUUGGCGUGGGGCUGUGGUGUGAGAGGCUGGAGGCUGCGGUAGUGGCUGCGGUAGCGCAGAGCUGGGAUGUCGCGCACGUUGCAGCUUUGCCGGUUCCAUUCAGCAUUGCUGCAGAGCAGACAGGCUCCUUGGCUAUCCUCAGCCGUAUUCUUCAGGAAAAAUUUGACAGCGGGACCUGCAAGGUUAUUACCUACAAGCCCCACGGUUCCCAAACCCUUAUGGAAGAAGGCAGUUUCCAUCGUGAUGGUGGGGGUGCCCCUGCUGUUCGGGCUCCGCUACGUCGUUGCUGACAAACGAGAAAGGAGGAAGAUGAGGCUUUUGGUCGAUGGCAUCGGACGAUUUGGCAGGUCUCUCAAAGUGGGCCUCCAGAUCUCCAUGGAUUAUUGGUGGUGCACAAAUAUGGUUCUCCAAGGGGUGGACGAGAACAGCCCUGGCUACAUGGAGGUGAUGUCAGCGUGUCACCAGCGGGCAGCCGAUGCCCUGGUAGCUGCAGCCAUCCUCAAUGGAGGCCUCUAUGUGAAGCUGGGCCAGGGACUCUGCUCCUUUAAUCACCUGCUACCCCCUGAGUACAUCACCACCCUUCGCCUGCUGGAGGACAAAGCCCUCACUCGGGGCUACAAAGAGGUGGACGAGCUGUUCCUAGAGGAUUUCCAGGCCCCAGCCAACGAAGUGUUCCAGGAAUUUAACUAUGAGCCUGUGGCAGCGGCCAGUCUGGCCCAGGUGCACAAAGCAAAGCUGAAGGAUGGCACAGAGGUGGCUGUGAAGGUGCAGUACAUCGAUCUAAGGGAUAGGUUUGAUGGGGACAUCUACACUCUUGAGCUCCUGCUGCAGAUCAUCGAAUUCAUGCAUCCCAGCUUUGGCUUCAGCUGGGUUCUCAAGGACCUGAAAGGGACCUUGGCUCAGGAACUGGACUUUGAGAAUGAGGCUCGGAACUCAGAGCGCUGUGCCAAUGACCUGAAGAACUUUCACUAUGUGGUGGUACCCCGUGUGCACUGGGACAAGUCCAGCAAGAGGGUGCUGACUGCCGACUUCUGUAAUGGCUGUAAGGUGAACAAUGUGGAAGAGAUCCAGAAGCAGGGGCUCAGCUUGAGUGAUACAUCAUCUAAAUUGAUCCGAGUAUUUGCUGAACAGAUCUUUUACACGGGCUUCAUCCACUCAGAUCCCCACCCUGGAAAUGUAUUGGUACGGAAAGGUUCAGAUGGACAAGCAGAAUUGGUGCUGUUGGACCAUGGCCUCUAUCAGUUCCUGGAUGAAAAGGAUCGCUUGGCCUUGUGCCAACUGUGGCGGGCCAUUAUCUUGCGGGAUGAUGCAGCCAUGAAGAAGCAUUCUGCUGAGCUUGGUGUUGAAGAUUAUUUCCUGUUCUGUGAGAUCCUAAUGCAACGACCAAUUCAAAUGGGGCAGUUGUGGCGUUCUGGCAUGCUGAGCCAUGCAGAGACGACCUACAUGCAGGAAAUGGCUAAGGAACAUUUUGCCCGAAUCAUGGAGGUGCUGAAGGCCUUGCCCCGCCCAAUGCUGCUCGUCCUGAGAAACAUCAACACAGUGCGCUCCAUCACCAUAAACCUGAAGUCCCCUGUGGACCGAUACUUCCUCAUGGCCAAGAGUGCUGUGAGAAGCUGGAGCCGACUGCUGAAAGAACAGACUCAAAGAAACUUAUACAGACGGUUUUUGAAUUGGGUCAAGGUCACAUGGGAAAGCUUCAAGUUUGAAAUUGUCCUCAGGUUGGAGAUGUUAUCAAUGCGCCUCACCUCCAAGUUCAUCAAAUUCCUGGUUUAUCUGGGUGUCAUACCUGAGCCUGAGGAGGUAUUCAAGAAAAUGGAGCCCUAGAUCUGGGUGGCUUUGUCACACCCACCCCCAGCAGCACAGAUCCACCUCCCUCAACGAAUAGAAAGGAGGAGCGGGUGUCAGCCACCAGGGCAUCAAGACCCCCCAGAGUCAAGCGGCCAAGAAAAGAGAGAUGACAGGCUCGAGUCUCCUCUACUUGCUCAGACUAAGGCAAGGGAGGCCCCUUAGGGCAAAGAAUAAAGGAGUAGAUGUAA